CUUAAGAGACAGAGGAAUCCUAUUUGCAGGGAAGUGUCUGUAGUUCUCAGUAGGAGGAGCUCCACAGUUAUAUAAUCUCAAGGCAGAACUGCUGAGAGCAUAGAGUGGGUUACAUUGUGCACAAGACACCAGGGAAUCAGGCACGUGGAAACAUGUCUGGAAAACCCAAGCUGCACUAUGUCAAUGGACGUGGCCGCAUGGAACCAAUUCGGUGGCUCCUGGCAGCAGCUGGGGUUGAGUUUGAAGAAUCUUUCCUGGAAAAAAAAGAGGAUCUGACAAAGUUACAGAAGGAUGGAUCCCUGCUCUUUCAGCAAGUGCCGAUGGUAGAGAUCGACGGGAUGAAGCUGGUGCAGACCAGAGCCAUUCUCAACUACAUAGCAACGAAGUACAACCUCUAUGGGAAGGACAUGAAGGAGAGAGCCCUAAUCGAUAUGUACGUGGAAGGAAUGUUCGAUCUGAAUGAGUUACUCAUCAUGUAUGAACUCCAACCAGCAGACAAAAAGGAGGAAUAUUUUGCAAAUAUGAUGGACAAGGCUGAAAACAGAUACUUCCCAGUUUUUGAGAAGGUUUUGAAAGACCAUGGAAAAGACUUUUUGGUUGGCAACCAGCUGAGCAGAGCGGAUGUUCAAUUACUUGAAAUCAUUUUGAUGGUAGAGGAGUGGAAGCCUGACAUACUUCCGAAAUUUCCUCUCUUGCAGCGUUUCAAAGCAAGACUAAGCAAUAUCCCCACAAUAAAGAAAUUCCUGCAGCCUGGCAGCCAGAGGAAGGCGCCAUCAAAUGACGAUGAUGUAGACAAAGUGAUUAAAAUUUUCUUCUCCUGAGCAGCACCCUAAAGCCACAGAAACUGUUUCAUUAUAUUUGCAGAUAGUAGCAAAGUGAAAUUAAUGAAAAGAAUGGCUAUGUCAAAAUAAUAGAAUGUAUAAAAAGAAAUGGUUUUGUUCGUUCCUUAGCACUCUAAAGCCACAGAAACUGUUUCAUUGUAUUUGCAGGUAGUAGCAAAGUGAAAUUAAUGAAAAGAAUGGCUAUGUCAAAAUAAUAGAAUGUGUAAAAAGAAAUGGUUUUGUUCGUUCCUUAGCUACUGGGCUGUUUUUUGCCUGCUGCAGAUAGUUCAAGGUAAAACUACAUGAGCCCACCAGCAAAGGCAAUAGUUCCCUAAAUAGGGGGUAUUCUGGAAAACACUGGAUGCCUCAAAUAACUUAAAAACUACCUGAAAUAAAUUCUUACUAUUGAUACUCAAAA